GAAAGGUGGGUCUGUGACUAAAACAGAAAUCUCCAUUAAUUUCUCUCCAGCCCAUCUCUGAUCAGACCAUGGCACACCCGUGACAAUGACACUGAUUUAUAGACCUUAUUUGCUCACAAGUUUUAAAGUAAACGUCUCUGAUCUAAAUCAAGAAUACCUCUGUUUAUGUGAAAGUGCUAUUAAACUACUACUAGUAGUACUAGCUAGAGCUUGCCUUUCCCUCUCCCUCUCACUCUGUGCUUUCUUGUUUGACAGUUUGGUUUUAUAGUCCUAGGCACAGCUUUUCUUAUUUUUUCUUCACUCCUAGCUCUCAAGCUCUUCUUGUUGUCCCUUUUACUUUUCUCUUAGCGGACCCCUAUCCUACUAUAGAACCUCACUUUAUGGUGAUUUGAAAUAAGUCAGCUUGUCGCACGGACCAAGGGUUUGUCUUUUUCAAUCUCCAUGUCUUGAUCUCUUUGGAUUCACCUUCUUCUUUGGCUUGAUCUUGAUAAUAAAAGGUGAAGGCAUUAGCUGCUGAAUCAAAAUCAAUGCAAGCUUGUAUUUGUUAACAUUUUGAAUGGAAGUUUUAUAUGGUUCUAAAAAAGCAUCAAUAAUGGCCAAGCAGCUACAGCAAUCUGUCACCGACACUACAAGACCGCCUCUUGUUCCAGCGGAGAAGAACAAUACAGUCUCUGCCACUCGCCGGUCUAGAACAACGGAGGUCAUUUCAAGAUACAGAUCAUCAACUCCCACUAAAACACGAAGAUGCCCUUCACCUAAUGUCACUAGGACCGUGUCAUCAACCUCUCAGCCAUUAUCGAAAAGAGCUGUUUCAGCAGAAAGGAAACGCUCUUCAACGCCAACUACUCCAACAAACCCGUCCACACCGGUUAGUGAUGUAUCUGUAGGUUUACCUGUUUCUUCUAAGAGACUAUCUACUACCGUUCGUGCACCUGAAGGCUUGUGGCCUUCUACUAUGAGGAGCCUCAGCGUUUCAUUUCAGUCUGAUUCAGCCUCAGUUCCCGUUGUUAAGAAGGAGAAACCGUUUGUUACUUCUUCUACUGACCGGACAUUGAGACCGUCUUCUAAUAGAGGACAUAAGCAGCAGAGUGAGACAACAACAACAACCUCUGUCUCAAGGAAACAUACGCCCGAGAGGAAAAGAAGUCCAUUAAAAGGUAAGAAUGUGUCUGCAAGUCAAUCAGAGAACACGAAACCUGUAGAUGGUGGUCCUCACAGUAGGUUAAUAGAACAGCAUCGAUGGCCUAGUACUAGAAUGUCUAUGAACAGAAGCUUGGAUCUUGGUGACAAAGCGGUUAGGACAAUGUCUCUGUCUUUGUCCAACAAAAUCUCUACUAAACCUUUGCAAAAAUCUUCUAGCGACACAGCGAGGUUGUUGUCCUGUUGUGAAAGUUCAGAAGAUGGUAAUAGUUCAUUAGACAGGGCAAGUUCAGCUAGAGUGCACCACCCAUUGUCUGCUCCUGGAUCACGCGCUGCUUCUCCAAGCAGAUCCUCAUUUUCAUCCUCAUCAUCAUCAUCAUCAUCGUCCUCUCAUUCUCGCGGCAUGAGUCCUUCAAGAGGCUCUUGUUUUAGAUCGUCUACACCGCCACCAAGAGGUGUAAGUCCUUCCCGGUUAAGACAAACCAACACGUCUACAAGCAGCCCAACCUCAGUUCUAAGUUUCAUGGCUGAUGUAAAGAAAGGAAAAAAGGCAAGUUACAUAGAAGGUGUUCAUCAGCUGCGCUUACUAUAUAACAGAUAUUCACAAUGGCGGUUUGCAAAUGCUCGAGCUGAGGGAGUAGGAUACAUUCAAAGGUUAAUCGCAGAGGAAACUCUAUACAAUGUCUGGCAUGCAACAUCAGAACUGAGAGAUGUUGUGACAACACAAAGAAUCUGCCUCCAGCAGUUGAAGCUAGAAAUCAAGCUUGAAGAUAUCUUAAGUAAGCAGAUGGUUAGUCUUGAAGAUUGGGACAUACUUGAGAGAGAACACAUUAGUUCUGUAGCUGGUGCCAUAGCAGACUUGGAAGCAAACACUCUCCGCCUUCCACUAACCGGAGGAACAAAGGUGGACCUUAGAUCUCUGAAGUUAGCUAUGUCCUCAGCACUUGAUGUAAUGCAGACUAUGGGAUCAUCGAUCUACUCUUUACACUCACAGAUGGAAGAGAUGAAUAAGCUUGUUUCAGAUCUCGCUGUUGUAGCUACAAAAGAAAAAUUUAUGCUUGGCAAAUGUGAAAAUCUAUUGGCAUCAACUGCAGUGAUGGAGAUAGAAGAGAGUAGCCUCAUUACUCAUUUGAUGCAAAAGAAGCAAGAAGAAGAAGUAAGAGGUGGUGCAGAGUCUCCAUUGCUGCCAUUAGGCUCAUUAAGCAAGUGCCUAUGGACAUAACAACACUCUUGAAGUUUCCACGGCUAACUCUUAAAACGACUUGUAAAUUGCUCGUUUUUUUGGCUUGCAUUUUCUUCUGCUAUCAUCCUUUUUCCAUUGUCUUUUACCUGUAGAAAAAAAUGUGAAAAAGAUGGUUUAAAGAAAAUCAAUGAAGAAGAGUGCAUUUUAAGAACUAAGAA